GUAGCAGACAGAAAUAUUAUUUGUUGCACCACCGUGUAAAAUUAUAGAUAUGACCACGUUUGUUUGUUUUCUAUGUUUCAUCAUUUUUAAUUUGAUCUCUGAAAUCUGAGGCUGAAGUUUUUUAUUUCCUAUUCAAUGGCUAUAGAACUUCAAAAAGAUUGUGACACAUUUCUGGAGCAGGGAAGUGUGAGGUGAUGCAUUUUAAUACAAAGAACAUGGAGACAUAGUAUAACAUAAAAAGUACUAUUCCAAAGGGUGUGGAGGAGCUGAGAGACCUAGGUGUGUAUGUACAUAAGUCAUUAAAGAUGGUAGGACAAGUACAUAGAGCUAUUAAUAAAGGAUAUAGUAGUGUCAACAUACAAAGAAUAGAAGAGCAAAGAGUUUUUUAUAAUUUCAUAUCAGACAAGGGUUAGAUCUCAGUGUUAUGUACAGUUCUGGUUGCCACACUGUAGGACAGAUAGAAUGGAAAGAAUGCAGAAGAGAUUGGUUGGAGGGAUGAGGCAUUUCAGUUAUGAGGAAAAUUGAAGAAGUUUUACUUGGCAAAAAGAAGACUGAGAGGAGAUUUGACAGAUGUUUUCACAAUCAAGAGGAGUCUAGACCUAGUAGAUUGUGAGAAUCUGUUCCGAUUCAUGAAAAGAUCAAGAACCAGAGCAAAAGAAGCAAUGGAAGGAUUACAGUUGGCCAUGGCACGGAUAAACUGCAUGACUGUGCUGCGUUUCCUAGUUUUGUUGAUUGUAGUAAUAAUGGGUUUGAAGAUGUAUCCAAUAUUCAAAACAAAGCAAUUGGACACUAUUGCAAAAGAUAGCUUUUGGAGUAAGCGUGGAGGAGCAAUUGCAAAUAACCAAAAAAUGGAGCAUGAAGUAAUCCAAACCACACAGCAGGUAAAGGAAAUCAUAAAGACAGAGGUGAAACCAAAGACUCGGAAACAGAAGGAUUAUGGCAUUUCAGGGAUGAGAAUUGUACACUUGGACCUCAAAGGAGCUGCACCAAAACUUUCAUACUUGCAACAGAUUUUCCCCCUUCUGGCCAGCACUGGGGUCAACGGUAUACUAAUGGAGUAUGAGGAUACCUUUCCUUACCAUGACGACCUUGAAAUUCUGAAAUCCACCUAUGCAUUCAGUUCUGCUGACAUUGACAAGAUCCAACAGUUAGCUGAGAGCAAUAAUCUGGAGAUUAUUCCCCUAAUUCAAACCUUUGGGCACAUGGAGUUUGUUCUCAAGCAUGAUAAAUAUUGGAACCUCAGAGAGGUAAAGAAAUAUCCCAAUAGCCUGAAUCCCCAUUUGGCUGGAUCUUUGAAUCUGGUGAAGGAGAUGCUGUCUCAAGUACUCGAUAAACACAGCAAAUCUGGCUAUAUCCACAUAGGAGCUGAUGAGGUUUUUAAUCUUGGAGAAGGUACUGAAUCCAAACAGUGGAUCAACGAACAACGAGGAGACAUUGGAAAGAUGUAUUUGGACCACAUAAAGCAAGUUGGGAGUUUCGUGGUCAAAAGAUAUCCUGGAAUUAAGCUCAUCAUGUGGGAUGACAUGAUGCGAAAGAUUAGUAAAGAAAGGAUCAUUGAAUCUGGUAUAACCGAACACAUUACCCCGAUGGUGUGGUUCUAUCAUCCAGACUUUAGAAUUGACCAAGUAGAGACAUUCCUUACCAAGUACAUGGACAGUGGAUUCAAGAAUGUCUGGUUUGCAAGUGCCUUCAAAGGGGCAACGGGUGUUAGCCAGAAUUGGACCCCCAUUAAGUUCCAUCUGGAAAAUCACCUCCGAUGGCUGCAGGUGAUGAAAUCCAUCUCAAAGUUCUCAACUCUCCGCUUUCAAGGCUUGGCAUUAACAGGCUGGCAAAGGUACGAUCAUUUCUCAACUCUUUGUGAGCUGCUGCCAGUUGCAAUCCCAUCCCUGGUGGUCUGCAUGCAAACUGUGACACAUGGUUCUUUCACAGAGAAGGCGAAAACCAAAUCACAGCAGCUUUUGGGAUUUAAAAAUAUUAACCCAGAAAAUAAUUCAAGUGAAGGUGAAGGCACAUUUGCAGGAGCUGAGAUUUAUCAAAUGGUUCGUUGGAUUACUCAAAAUCUGAAAUCUGAAGUAAUUUCUGUUCUUGAAAAUAACAGAGAAAUCAAAGGCUGGUUCAAUCGCUAUAACAGGAAGCACCAGUUUGCAAAUCCUCGGAACAUGGAGCGUUUUGACAGUGAGUUACACAGAGUUCACAAAAAGUGGGAAGAGUACUUGGGAAACUUUCGUGCACAGAUGGAAAACAUUUACUUUCCCGACACGGUGGAGGAAUGGAUGGAAGUGAAUGUAAACCUGUACAUGGACCCGCUUAGAGAACUUGUGAAGGACUAUAAGGAAAUUAUGGCACUAAUGGCUGCGCCAAAACAAAAUUAGAAAAUCAACAAAAAACAAAUUCAGGAAUGCACUGCCAUUGGUGCAAAAACUGGAAGCCAUCAAUCUAAACUAUAUUCAGAAUGACAUAUUUUAACAAGAGAUCUAGGAUCAAAACUCAACAAAGCACAGGAACAAGGUCCUAUUUCAUUGCAUUUUAUUUCAACUUUGGAAAGAAUCUGAGCUGUUGAUUCUAUAUGGCUUCUUGCUUUUACCAAUCUGGAUCUGAUUGUGUGCAUACUCCAGAAUUUAAAUGUUUACAACUGCAGGAAGCUAUAUACCUGUAUCUCACUCUGUCUAUUCAAUCUCACCCUCAAACCUUGUGGCAAAAAAGGAUUACCAAGUAUCAUUAUGACCAACCACUGCUGCAAGCUCAGCAGGUGACUUCAGAAUUGCAGAAGCAAGUAACUCACUCUAGUUAAGGUACUGUACUUGUUUAGAGAAUUCAAAAUGAAUCGGUAAUCCUGUUGUGCGGAGACAUGUUUGUUGUCAUCCUUUCUGAGGAUGUAUGAGCAAUGCAAGAGGACUUGGACUUUUAAAGACUACACAAUAGGGAAGUUGAUUUGUUUGCAGGGGAUUUACCAACAUAUUAGAUGAACUUUGAUUUAGUUUUUUUUAAUAAAGUUAUUUAAUUUUCACAUCAAUCUCUUCAUUCCAUUUGACACAAGGGAUUGUAAUAAAUCAAUCUACGUUGAUUUUUUUUAGCAAAUGUACAGUGAGAGAUCUGUUGAUUUUAACUGAGUUCUCCAAUUGCUGCUUUUGUCUGGGGUAAAUCACUAUUUGAGAAUAGGUUGCUUAUUUACAUUUAGUUAAUUAAUUUAAUAUACAAGAAUGAAGAAUAGGUAAUAUGGUCUGAGAAGGAUAUUCCAUUAAACUGAGGCUAAAGUUCAAAACAAAAUAAAUUGAGCUGUUCUCUAGAAUAUUAAUGUAGCUUGGUAGUUGUUGUCAGAGAGGGA